CGGCUUAAUCAUACAGUAAUAUUACUUUAUUAUAGGCGUCAGGCGAUUGCUUGAAUCGUUCAAGAAAAAUAUUGAGUUUGAUAUAUCACUGACAAAAUCAGAAACAGAAAAAUAUUAAAAUAUUACUAAUAAAAGAAAAAUGUACAGAAUACCUCAUUUGACCUCUGUCAGCUCUGCCUUAACCCGAUCACAAGUAGGUACGUUACAUUCAGUUGGUCGUUUUCAGACUAUAAAUACGUCGACUAAAGAUGUUAAACCAAAAUCACGCUUUUUAUUUUAUUCAAUUGGCACUUUAUUGACUGGUGUUUUGGGGACAGCUGGUUUAGUAGUCUACUCUAAAAACGAUCCUAAAUUCCAUGAAUUAUUAAUUACAAAUGUACCCGGAGUGGACAAAUUCUUAAAAGUAUUCGAUGAAGAGGAUUUGCUAAAAACUAGUAAAGAAUUAGGUGGACGAAUAGCAUGCAAAGUUGGCCAGCAAGUGAAGUCUCUGAAAGAAAAAUUUAUAGGGCAAUCAAAUGAUGUUUUUGACAGAUCUAUUGAGAAGAUUAAAUCUGUUUCACAUAAAAUACCGACUAGCAUUCCAAACAUUUUAAAAGGAGAAGAGAAAAAUUCUUUAAUUGUUGAAGAAUCUGUAAAUCAAGCUAAAAAACUUUCACAAAAGAUUGAACCUGUCAAAUCCAAAAUUGAGUCUAAAACACAUCAAGUUGAACCAGAAGAACAGAAGCCAGCAAUUACAAUUUUACCGCCAAAACAAUAUUCUUUAGAUGAGUUGGAAUCGGAAAUUCUUAAUUAUUCUUCUUUGGGAAUGGAAGCUUAUAAUUUAGCAACUCAGUCAUUAAAAGAAUACUCGGAUAGUAUUUACAAACUAAUUGAAAACUCAACUGAAAAGAUAGAUCCAAAUUUAAAUGAUAAACUCCAAAAACUAGAAGCAAAAAAGAAUCAAGUAUACACAAAAGCCUAUCAAGAUGCUAAGAAAUAUAAACAAGAAUUGAUUAAAAAACAAAAACUAUUGAACGAUCCCAAAUUCGAAUCUACUCCUGAUAAAUUAGCAAAGGCAUUACACAGAACAAACGAUAUAUUACAAGAAUUAUCAAAAGCUAACUUGACAUUAGAAAGCGAGGUACAUAGGUCAGAAUUAAUGAACAAAUAUCAAUCUAAAGUCAAUAAAGGGCAAAUGAGUCUAAUUGAAGAGUUUGAGUCUUUGUUUCCAAAUUCCGACAUCACUCAAACUAAAACUAACGAACUAAAUGCCGAUUAUGACCUGUUUCUAAUGUAUGCUAUGAAAAAGCUAAACCAGUAUCAGGAUCAACUCGCUAAAAUAGACGCUCUUCAUGAUCGUAAGUUAAAGAACGCUAUGAAUUCGGAACUAUUUGAUGUAGAAGCCGCAAACCGAGUGAAUUCUCGAAUAAGCUCUGAAAUACAUAAUUUGGAAAAACAAUUUGAAAGCCAGUUGAAUGAAAUAAAUGUGAAAGUCGAUGAAAAUAUGCAAAAUCAGUUAAAAUUAUAUACACAAGCUCAUGCAGACCUUGUUGUCGAAGCUGUAGAAUCGACCAAGGAAGAAAUUGAAUUACGCGUACGCCAAGAAUUGUCAGCUAUUGAACAGAUAGAACGCAAAAGGUAUCAAGAACAAUUAGACAAAUUAAGAACAGAUUUGCAAAAUGUGGUUGAUAACUUAAAAGAACGAGCUGAAAAAGAAAAAAAAGUGUUUACUAGUCAAACCAUCUGGGAAGCUUGCGAGAAGUUAAAGUUAUCCCUUUCAACUUCGGAUAAUGACAAACCAGUUGAUAUUACAAACCAUAUAAAUUCAAUAAAAAAAGCUGGAGCUUCUGAUCCGAUCGUGAAACAAGUUAUUAAUAUAGUCCCAUCCAAAGCUUUUGAAAACGGUGUGAUCUCCAAAGGCCAGUUAAAGGAAGACUUCAACCAAGUGGAGAAAAGGGUUUACCAAACAGCUUUGAUUCCCGACAGUACCUUCAAUCUACCGCUAAUGGCUUUUAGCUUUCUCAUUAGUUUCUUUAUAGUUCGUCAUUCACACGUAUCAACUGCCGAAGUAAACAACGAUGAAUUUGAUCCGUCGGAAUUAAAUACAUAUGAAAUCAUUGAAAGGGCUAGAUAUUGUGUCGAUAGAGAUGACUUCAUGCAAGCGUUGCGCUACUUAAAUUUGCUAACCGGUUGCUCAUAUGUGGUCGCUAAAUCUUGGAUGAAAGAAGCUACUGUGUUUUUGGAAACUAAACAAGCUAUUGAUUUGUUGACAACUUACGCUACAGUGUAGUCGUCACCAGUUAUUCAUAAAUCAACUUAAUUGUUUUGUUUUUAAGAUCAGUAUUUGGAUCGUCUUAAAAACUAGAAAGUGUAAUUUGUUUUAACUUCAAUGUUUUGGCUUUUUUCGAACUUUUUGUAUGUUUUUUGGUUAAUUAAAUACUUGAUUUUAGUGUACAUAAAUUUAUUAAUGUUAUUAAAUAAUUUAAAAAGUAA